AUGAAGGAGGAAGAGAACGACCAGCUGGCCUUCCUGGAUGUCCUCGUAUGCCGCAAGGAUUGUGGUGGACUAAAGACCAAAGUGUUCAGGAAAGCGACAAAUACGAUGCAAAUACUGAACUUCAACAGCAACCAUCCAAUCAGUCACAAACGCAGUUGUGUAAGGACGCUCUAUCGGCGUGUCGAAACGCAAUGCAAUGAGCCGGAAGACAAGAUUGGUGGACUACAAUAUCUCCGACGGGUAUUCAAAGCCAAUGGCUGCCCGCGCAACUUUGUCAACCGGUGCAUACGCAAAAUGGACGAAAGGCCUAACCGUACGGACACCAAAGUUUGGCGAGCGCUUCCAUAUGUCAAGAAAGUUUCGGUAGCUGUUGGCCGCCUUCUCGCACCACUUGGGGUUGGAGUUACACACAGGCCAGAGGCAACCAUUAGGCGUCAAUUGAUGAAACCAAAAGACCCACUGCCACGGCAAGAAACGUCUGCAGUCGUUUAUCGGAUCUGGUGCAGUUGCGGACAAAGCAACUACAUUGGAGAAACCGGAAGACAGCUCCGAGCGCGAAUGGCCGAACACGCUGCAGUAGUGCGGAGAAAUGACGCCAGCUCUCAAGUUGCGGCUCAUUCGACGGGUUCCGGCAACGCAUUCAAAUUUGACGAGGCCGAAAUUCUCGCAAGAGGUGACAACCGCGUAAGCCGGGAGCUGCUUGAGUCAUGGUUCACUGGCCUCCAGUCUAUUAACAAGUGCAAUGAUCUUCCCAUUCAAUACAGCGUGCUGAGACUUCGUCUAGGCGGAGAAAUUGGCCACGUGGGGAGCGCACUGGUGAACACUCUUCCCAACACCCGGGUCGGUGCGUCAGAUGGUCGAGCAAUCAUCACACCAACAUCCAACGCACGUGAUGAAAUUGCAGCAAUUAACGACGCGAAUAUCGGCCAUCACACCACGUGCAACGAUUCCUGA